AAUAGUGAAGUCCGUGACAUAAAAAAAACAGAUCGGGAAGAUUUUCUUAUUUUUUUUAUUUUAAAUAUUUACAUUAUUUAACCAAAGAUUGCUUUUUCUUAAAAAAUUUUAGAGUAGUAAGAGGAUGGAUGACAUGUCUCAAAAUGAUAUAAUAUCCCGGGAAUGUCGUGUAUGCAAAUGUGAAGCUCAACCAGAUCGACCUUUGUUUCAUCCAUGUAUAUGCACCGGUAGCAUAAAGUGGAUUCAUCAAGACUGUUUAACACAAUGGAUGCGAUACUCUCGAAAGGAAUAUUGUGAGUUAUGUGGACAUAGAUUUACUUUUCAACCAAUUUAUUCCCCAAAUAUGCCAAGUGUUUUACCAUUGAGGGAUGUUAUUGGUGGUUUAUUGACUUCUGUUGGUACCGCAGCGAAAUAUUGGAUACAUUACACAAUAGUAGCAUUUGCAUGGCUAGGUGUAGUACCUUUGUCAGCAUAUAGAACUUAUCGUUUUAUGUUUAGUGGCUCUUUUGAAAUAUUAUCCCUGCCAGUUGAUGUAUUUUCAACAGAAAAUAUAGCUUCGGAUGUUUUUAGAGGUUGUUUUGUUGUUACGUGUACCUUAUUAUCCUUUAUUGGUAUUGUGUGGUUACGUGAGCAGAUUUUACAUGGGGGUGGACCUGAUUGGUUAAACGAACCCCAAAAUAUUCAACAGGAUUUAGGAGAUCCUAGAAUGGCAAUUUUAGGAGAUUUAAGACCUGAAAAUGAUAUUGGGAAUGAUGGAGUAAACGAAGGUCAUAUUGGUCUUGCUGAUGAAGCCAACGAUAAUAAUAACAAUGAAAAUAAUAAUAAUGAGGUUGAUGUAAAUGAUCCACCACCUGAUUUACCAAUUGACAAUGCAGAACCUCCCCCACCAAUUCCAGCUGCAGAAGCACCCGAUGCAGCUGCAGGUGACGGAGCUGGUGAUUUAGGAAAUGGAAAUGAAGAAGGAAAUUGGAACCCAAUGGAAUGGGAUAGAGCCGCAGAAGAAUUGACAUGGGAAAGAUUACUAGGAUUAGAUGGGUCAAUGGUGUUUCUAGAGCAUGUUUUUUGGGUGAUCUCCCUAAACACAAUCUUCAUAUUUACUUUUGCAUUCUGUCCGCAUUGCAUAGGCAAUUUUGUUAUAAACUCUUUAGGAUUGCAAAGACAAGACAAACCUUUAAUGCAUUUUCAUGGAUUCUUAACCACAUUAUUUGGGUAUUGUAAUAUUGGAGUAACACUGGUUAUAUUGCACUCCAUAGCACGAUUAUUUAAAAUGCGAAAAAUACGCUGGCUAUUUGGUUUAUGUUAUAUAGUUGUAAAAGUAUCCCUUUUAUCUGUGGUGGAAGUAGGGGUACUACCAUUAGUUUGUGGCUGGUGGUUAGAUAUAUGCUCUCUACCUUUAUUUGAUGCCACAAUUAAAGAUCGUAAAGCUAGUUUUAGAGCAGCGCCCGGAACUUCUCUUUUUAUACAUUGGAUGUUUGGUAUGGUUUAUGUUUACUAUUUUGCAGCUUUUGUAUCAUUGUUAAGGGAAGUUUUAAGGCCAGGCGUUUUAUGGUUUUUUAGAAAUUUAAAUGACCCCGAUUUUAGUCCCAUACAAGAAAUGAUAAAUUUCUCAGUACUACGUCAUACGCGUCGCUUAAUUGCUUCCGCAGUUAUUUUUGGAACCGCAGUGUUAUUGAUGCUUUGGCUACCAAUACAAAUUCUGAAAUCAUUUUGGCCAACGUUUUUGCCUUACGUUCUUUCAGGUGACGCAGAAGUUAAUGAAUUAAGUUUGCAAAUUUUACUCUUGCAGAUUAUUCUCCCUGGCUUCUUUGAACAAUCCCACACUCGUAUAUGGCUCAAAAGCCUGGUUAGAAUUUGGUGUAAAAGUGUCGCAUGGUUGUUGGGUCUAAAAAGUUAUUUAGGAACUGAAGCAAAUAAUGAUGAUGAAGGCAACGAACGGCAGCCAUUUGAUGUGAAUAAUCAGGGUGGUCUAGGAGCAGCUCAUCAAGCGUACUUGCAAAGAGGUGUUCCUGUAGCAUUUCAACCAUAUGAUCGGCCAACAUUUUUUGCCAUGCGGUUAUUUGGUUUAAUAGUUUUAAUGUGCAUAAGUCUUGUCAUUACAUCUCUUAUAACAUUAACUAUUCCUAUAUGGAUUGGUCGUCAGGCAAUGGCAUUUUGGUCUGUUAGUAUUUCAAAUCAUAACAGUGCUACUAGUACUGUCGAAGGAAGAGGUGGAGAGAUUCCUCUUCGACCACACGAAUUGUAUACCGCAGCUAUGGGUACCUACCUUUGUUGGAUAUUUUCCCGUGGGGUUGCAAUUGCAACUAAUUUAUUGCCGCAGGGGCGUACCGCAAUAAUGGAAAAGUUUCGUCAUUGGUUGCAAACCGCUACAAGUUAUGCUUUGGCCGCUAUACUAUUUGUAUUGAUGCUUGGAGUAAUCCCUCUUUUGUUUGGGCUUUUAUUAGAAUUAGUUUUAGUAAUACCUUUACGUGUGCCACUAGAACAGACACCAAUUCACUUUUUGUGGCAAGAUUGGGCCUUAGGAGUAUUAUACACUAAAAUAGCUUGUGCUCUUACAAUGAUGGGCCCUGAUUGGGUAUUCAAACGUGCUAUAGAAAGAGCGUAUCGUGAUGGAUUGCGUGACAUUGACUUAGGAUUUAUUAUACGAGAACUGGCAGCCCCGGUUAUAACUUGUUUUGGGUUAGCUUUAUCGGUUCCCUACGUUAUAGCUCAUUCUGUAAUGCCAAUGUUUUUCACAAAUCAACAAACACGAAGUAUUAUAGCCAGAGAAAUUUAUCCAUUCUUUUUAAUAGUAUUUAUAGCGGUUGCCAUAAUUUAUUUCCAAAUAAGACAGUUCAAGAAACUUUAUAUAGCUAUAAAGAACGAUAAAUAUUUGGUUGGUCAAAGAUUGGUAAAUUAUGAGCACAAAAAGAAGAAAGCAGAUACUCCGCCACCGGCUUCUCCAAAAACUGAAUCCAGACCUCAACAAGCGAGACAAGACGAUCGGGAUAAUGAUUUGUUUAAUUUUGAUCCUGAGGUAUUACCAAGAAUAUAAAGCUUAAUUUUAAAUUAUAUACUACGUGUAAAAAUAUUUAUGUAAUAAAAUUUUUAAAAAUCUUAAAAUAAAAAACGCGAAAAUUAAAAUAA